AUGAAGGAAUCUUUCUGGGUUAUUCAGGCAAUAGUUCAGCUUUCAGAGUGUUCAACUUCGGUCCAAGAUCAUAAUGGAAUCGGUCAAUGUGGUUUUGAUGAUCGGUCAAUCGCAAUUAUGGGAGACUCCCAAUAUUUCAUGAACCAGAAGUCAGCGAAGCAGAAACAGAAGCAGGAUGAAGAGGUUCGUGAAGUACAUGAAGAAUUCCAAUCCAGCACUGAUGAUGCAGACUGGAUCAUCUCCAUGGAAGAUGAACUUGAGGAGUUUGUGAGAAACGAUGUCUGGGAACUGGUGCCUCUACCUGAUGGUGUGAAUGUGGUCGGUACAAAAUGGAUAUUCAAGAAUAAGACAGAUGAUGUUGGCAGCAUUGUGCGAAAUAAGUCAAGACUUGUUGCUCAAGGUUACUCACAAGUUGAAGGAGUCGACUUUGAUGAAACUUUGCCCCUGUAG